AUGGGUCAGCCAGUGAGCCACCAGGGCCACACAGGUAGGAUCCCGCGGGAAGCCGCAAAAUAUGCGCGACUAGCCAGGGGUCACUGGUUCAGCGCAUCCUUCUGGCUUGGUAAUCAACCUGGAAGCUUCCCAUUGGGCGUUAAUACGCCGCACUCAGGCCCUGGUCGGUGCAACUCGUUAGCAUGGUUAGAGGUUACAGUCUCGUCGACGAUGGGACUCCUGCAGGACCGGACAGCGGUCUCUCAGGAGCGCGUCACCUGCCGGUCUGGUCUUCGGUCUAGCCAGGGACGAAUGCAAGCACGUAGGCUUCUUUCCUGCCGGUCUGGUCUUCGGUCUAGCCAGGGGCGUAUCGUCUCCAGGCUGUGGCCUUUCUCAGGUGGACGAUGGAGCGUGAGGAUGAAAGGAGAGAAGAGAAGUCAAGUUGAGCUGCCACGAGUAGCUCCUUAUAGCUUUCUCGUCUGGGUGGAUCCCUUGAUCUUGGGUCCGCCAGUUCAUUAA